GUUCUCUAACCUCAAAGGCUCUCCAUCAAUUGUGCGGUGUCGACGGGUAGUGAAUUGCUGUUAUAUUAACCAGUGAAUUCGUCGAUAUCGAGAGAGAAAUUUAAGUUACUAUGAAAGGGUUCUUCUGACUCAAUAUUAUGCCGGUGUCGUGUAUUUGUGAUAUUAAACACAGGCGUGAUUAAUCUUGGAGUUCUCUUCACCUGCGUAGGUGUACGAACAGUGAAAAAAAUAGAUGUAGAUAUGUUAUAGCAUAUAAUCAAUAGCACUAGAAAUUCGAAGAUUUUCAGUGAGGAAAAUUGGGCUUCUUCAUGCUGCAUAAUGAUUUUCAUUUUUCGGUGAAUUACUUAUCAGUCUCAACAGAAACGACGAAGAAAUUCGCAACAACAUAGGAUGAAUGAAGUGGAAUUGGAUAAGGAGAUGGAAGUUUACAAUACCCUUUUCUUCGCGGUGAUUUGUACGUUCAAAAACUCAUCGAAGGACUGAGGAACGAAACAAUCACGAAUAAGCUGUAUAUUUUCGUCGUCCUUGGUCCUCCCUUCUUAUGAUUUACCUAGAUUUUCCUGUUCAUAUCGAAUAGAACAAAACGUUUAAUGUGCGAAACCAGUGUUUGCAGUGCGGUCGGCUAAAAAUAUUUGAGAGUGUGAAUUUUCAGCUCAAGUCAAGGACAAUCAACACAAUUGAAUAUGCAUACGGCCACCAAAUGUUCGCGAGAAGCUAUGGCAUACCACUAUUUUUCUUCGACAGUACAACAGAGAGCAUGUUAACAUGAACUAUGAAUCAAGGAGACUCAAAUGGAAUUGGAGGCGUCAAGUACGCUACGUUAUGUUUCGGCCGUGUAGCAUGAGAUUAAUAACUCGACUUCUACUACUGGUUUGUUCAUUGAGUUUGCUGAGUUUGCUUCUAUUGAACCGAUGCGGUUUGAGCUAUCUCGAUAAUGGAGCUUCUUCGACGGAGGAACACAAUGCGGCAUACCUAGUGGGUUCCACAGCAAGCGAACCCCUAAUUCCUCAAGAUAAUACGAGACAUUCGGCUGAUGCCGCCAGCGUCUCUUAUCAAAGUCUAUUAGAGCAGAGAGAGGAGGAGUAUCGCCAGGAAGUGGAGAGAUUGACGUCCGAAAUUAAAUUCCUCAAAUUACAACUUUUUCAACUCUCAAACGAAUUGCCCACCCGAAAUAACCCCAGAGUCACGGGCAGUCAGCCGUCUACAAGUAAUAUUUCCAGCACCACGGCCCGAUCGCAACCUGGCCAGGCAUCGCCCGGCUUUUCAGAGUGCGCCAACUUCAUCAGGAAACAAAUCAUCUCCGCCGAGGUUCUGCACGGCGCGCCCCUCAAUAACGAAUACGAAUUGAUUCCCUUCAACCAUUUCACUUUCAGCAGGGUGUAUCCCAUUGAAUUAGGUCUGGGCAAACGAGUUGUAGAAAAACCAAUAGGGUACAAGCGCAAGGACCUGUUAGAGACCCUCACAAAGGCUGUGGAAGUUAUCAAUAAAAACAUGACUGACAAACGGAAAAGCAAGUAUGGAUUGGACGACUUCAUCGAGGGGCUCUAUCGUAACGAGCAGACAACAGGAACUCAAUACGAACUUUAUUUCCGAACUAAAAGUGUGAAAAGUGGUUUCACCAAAGUUACCCUCAUGAGACCUUUCGCCCCAAUUCAAGCCAUUUUUAGUGAAACUAUAAGCGGCAAUAUGAAGGAGAAAGAACUCAUCCAUAUAAUUCUACCCUUAUCUGGGCGAACUUCUACUUUUCAAAGUUUCAUGGACAAGUUUGUGAAAAUUGGUCUGAAAAAUGACAGAAGGGUGUGUUUGACAGUUGUUUAUUUCGGGGAAGAAGGUUUGUCAGAGGCAAGGGCUAUUAUGUCUAGGGUAUUAAUGACUAAAAACAGUGGUGGUAACACGAACAAUCUUCGACUCCUUGCUCUCAACGAGACAUUCUCGCGGGCUAAAGGUUUGCGCGUGGGUGCCGAACGUGCUUGGGGUGCGAAAAAUAAUGACAAAAAUGACGUUCUCCUUUUCAUGUGUGACGUGGAUGUGGUUUUCAGUGCGCGUUUCUUAGAUCGGUGCCGGUGGAACACAAAGCCCGGAAAAAAAGUUUAUUACCCCGUUGUGUUCAGCCUGUACAAUCCCCAUGUAGUGUACACGUUGCAGGGGAAGGAGGUGCCACAUGAGAACGAGCAGCUCGUGAUCUCUAGGGACACUGGCUUCUGGAGGGAUUUCGGAUAUGGCAUGACUUGCCAGUAUAGGUCCGAUUUCCUGAAAGUCAAGGGGUUCGAUGAGGACAUCGUAGGUUGGGGCGGAGAGGACGUGAUGCUAUACCGGAAGUAUGUGAAGAGCUCCAUAAAAGUAAUACGAGCUACAGAUCCGGGGAUUUUUCAUAUAUGGCAUCCAAAGGUCUGUAGCGGAAGUACGGGAGGUCAGCCCCUAUCGACGGAUCAGUACAUGGCCUGCAUCCGUUCCAGGGCAAUGAAUGAGGCCUCACAUGCUCAGCUGGGCUUCUUGGCCUUUCGUGACGAUAUUGCCGCUAACAGCAGUCCAGACAAAUACCCGCUUCACCCUCCAAGACCGCUCAAAUCCACCUCCUUGAGAAGGGGCAAGGCCCUCACCUGAGGCCGGUUCACCGAGUUCUAGGUACACAUCGGUUAGUGAGGAUGUUUAAUUGAGCUUGUUAUGAAGUGAGAAAGAGUUAGGAGACUGAUCUUGCAUCGGGAAAUGUUUUAAGUUGAUACUAAAUAUCGAACGAUCGAAAAAUUCGUCUUUAAGUAGUCUAUCGCCCAGUUGCAUUAAGAUUUGACGCCCUAUCAAAAUUUAAAACUGUUAUUUUCGAAGGGAAAAAUGGAGGAUUAACAUUUUGAUGAAGUAUUAAAUUUUAACGGACUUUUCUGCAACUGGACGUAUGUGUUCAAAAUUUGAAAGUUGAUGAACCUAUUGAUGAAAGUUUGGCGUUUAGCUAAAUUGCAAAUAAUAUUGGAAUAUUCAAUGAUCUCAAACUUUGGCGUACUUUUCGAUAUUCUCCGAUAAAAUAAAGUACAAAAUCCUUUGAAAUGGAUCA